AGUUUACGACAGGCCGUGUUCCGCUCCGCAGUGAGCAGACAGUGAGCAGACACGUGUGGCGGACCGGCAGCAUGCUGUACCUGGUCGGCCUGGGACUCGGGGACGCGGAGGACAUCACGGUGAAGGGUCUGCAGGCGGUGAGGCGCUGCUCCAGGGUUUACCUGGAGGCCUACACCUCCGUCCUCACCGUGGGGAAGGACGCGCUGGAGGAGUAUUAUGGGAAGGAGCUGAUCCUGGCCGACAGAGACCUGGUUGAACAGGGGGCUGAUGAGAUCCUGAAGGAUGCUGAUGUGACUGAUGUGGCAUUCCUGGUGGUGGGGGACCCUUUUGGAGCCACCACCCACAGCGACCUGGUGCUGAGAGCAGUGAAUGCUGGGAUACCGUACAAAGUCAUCCACAACGCCUCCAUCAUGAACGCAGUGGGCUGCUGUGGUCUGCAGCUGUAUAACUUCGGGGAGACGGUGUCGUUGGUGUUUUGGACGGAGACGUGGAGACCAGAGAGCUUCUACGACAAAAUCUGUAAAAACAGAACAGCUGGACAUCACACACUCUGUCUGCUGGAUAUUAAAAUCAAAGAGCAGAGCAUCGAGAACAUGAUGAGAGGGAAGAAGAUCUACGAGCCUCCUCGCUUCAUGACCGUCAAUCAGGCUGCAGAUCAGCUGAUCCAGAUCAUCCAGAGGAGGAGGGAGGAGGGGGAGGAGCUUGGUAUGACGGAGGACACUGUGUGUGUGGGCGUGGCCCGCCUCGGGGCCAACGACCAGACGAUCCGCGCGGCGACGUUGAGGCAGCUGGUGUCAUGUGACCUCGGCGGCCCGCUCCAUUCGCUGGUCGUCACCGGUCAGCUCCACCCGCUCGAAGUGGACAUGCUGAGAGUCAACGCGGAACCAAACGCACUGCAGCACCUGCAGGUUCUAGACGGAUCCACCUACUGCUCAUAA